ACCCGUACGGCCACGCGCGCGCUGAACGCUUUUGAUAAAUUUUCUUAUUCCGCCAAACCAACCAACCCAACCAGCAGCCCAAUCGAAGGAGGAAAGAAAGAAAGAAAAAAAAACUACCACCACCACCACAACAGUCUCCCGUUACAUCGUCUCCCGGUACCCUUUUCGAUCGCGACCACGGUUUCGAGCGCAAGUGAUCAGUUCACCGAAGUACGGGUUUAGCGGAAGUCGCGCUUUCUGGUGCAGCACUUACUUGCGUGGUUUUUUUAUCCACCCAUUCCAUUCGCAUACCGCGUGUAUCGUUGCAUUCGGGUUGCAUUUACCGUUGCUACGCGUGUGUGCUUACUGUCCUGCUCCAGCCACGUGAUUUCCAUCGUCUGGAGUUGUGUGUUUUAAGCGGGCAUUUUGAUCGAACGGAAAAUCAAAACCAUCGGCGGUUAACAACCGAAACCCCCCGCUCAGUUCUUCAAACGUAUCACGAAAGAGGGCCCCGCAUCGAGCGAUUGUGUGGAAGUGUUGUUAGUGAAGUAAAGAUUAAAAAGAAAGAAGCAAACAAAAAAGUUGUGCAGUAAAAACUUGUCCGCUUCCCUUCGCGACGACCGCGCGCAUCCUUACCGGGCUUUCGGUAAACGUUUUUUGUCCCGUAGUGCAGUGUGUAUAAAGCAGCCAAAAUAACCUCCUUCGAAGCGACCACCAUUGACACAUUCGCCGAAAUGGAGGACGUCAAAAUGGGCAUCAACUUGUCCGAUGAUCCGGCGGUCACCCUCACCAUUCGACUCAUCAUGCAGGGAAAGGAGGUCGGCAGCAUUAUCGGAAAAAAAGGAGAGAUCGUCAAGCGAUUCAGGGAAGAGUCCGGUGCAAAAAUCAACAUAUCAGACUGCUCGUGCCCGGAACGGAUCGUGACGGUUUCUGGGUCCAGAAGUGCGAUCUACAAAGCCUUUACACUAAUUACGAAGAAGUUUGAAGAGUGGUGUUCACAGUUUCAAGACAAUACAAAUGCACAGGGUAAACCACAAAUUCCAAUUCGUUUGAUUGUUCCAGCUAGUCAGUGUGGCUCUCUCAUCGGAAAGGGUGGCUCAAAAAUAAAAGAAAUUCGAGAGAUCACUGGAUGUUCGAUACAAGUUGCAAGCGAAAUGUUGCCAAACUCUACUGAACGCGCCGUUACGCUUAGCGGUUCUGCCGAAGCUAUCACGCAAUGUAUCUACCACAUAUGCUGCGUUAUGCUAGAGUCACCACCGAAGGGUGCGACCAUUCCGUACCGGCCAAAGCCACAGGUGAAUGGACCGGUAAUAGUGGCCAACGGUCAGGCGUACACCAUCCAGGGCAACUACGCCGUACCGGCACAAGAGACCUGCACAGUAUAUCCACUAGCCAUUACCGGUGGCUUGCAUGCGGGCAUCUCCGGUUUAGCCGAUCCAUUACUAAAAGGAACACAUCUACAGGGAGCGAUACCUCCACAUCAUCUACAACCGAUACCUGAUGUUUCGGGAAUCGCUAAAAAUCCGCUUGCAGGACUUGCAGCUCUUGGAUUGGCUGGAGCGAUUCCCUCCAACACCGGUGGACUCAACCCAACUGCUCUCGCCGCAUUGGCCGGUUCUCAACUGCGAACCAACAACAACCGCAACGUAGCUCCAGUACAGUCUCAAUCACAUGAAAUGACCGUGCCAAAUGACCUGAUAGGUUGCAUCAUCGGAAAAGGCGGCACCAAGAUUGCCGAGAUCCGCCAGAUUUCUGGCGCCAUGAUACGCAUUUCCAACUGCGAAGAGCGGGACAGUGGCAACACGGACCGGACGAUCACGAUCACCGGCAAUCCGGAUUCGGUGGCCCUUGCCCAGUAUCUGAUCAACAUGAGAAUUUCGAUGGAAACAGCCGGAAUGCCAAUCCCGGGCUAUCACUACAUCACCCCGAAUCACAUCGUGAAAGCGCCGAUCCAUUAAAACUUUCGCUCUCUUCUCCCUCUCAGCUUUAGAAGUGGUGAUGGUGGUAGCAAUGGCAGUGGUGGUACCAGCGGCGGUGGUGGUGUCCUUCGACCGAUGGCGGCGGCAUCCAGCAUGGCCGCCGCGGCCGCUGCCGGCGUACGGAACGGGAACGCCGUAGCGGCGGCGGCAGCGGCAGCAGCAGCAGCGGCAGCCGCCUCUGGACCCGGUUCGGCCGCCAGCCUCGGUUACAACGGCAUGCCGCAGGCCGUCGGCACCGUCGCCUUCCCCUUUCUGCGUUACGGCCUGAACCUGGACCGGAAGUAAUGCUGCAACCCACCGGCCACCACCGGGGAAGCGCGAGGAGAAUGCAAUGGGCGGCGGGAUGGAUGCGUAGGACGGAACGGAGAACGAAGGUGGACAGGGUCCGACAACAACGAGGAACCAGAUGGAUGGUGUUGUGUGGCGGCACGCUAGCAAGGAUUGGAACCGAUCGUCUUCAGGCGGUCGACCUGGACGCCCUACUACUACGAGCAGCAGGUUAAGGGCAACAUGCGAAAGUUAAGCUAAGCGGUUUUAAGGAAGAAAAUCAAAAAAAAAAGAUUAGCGUAACGAGAAAAGGCUGCUAGCAUGCUAGAAAUCGUAC